AUUUGACAACUGGAAGAAUCUUCUCUACCUACCUAGGCAUAGACUCUUGACGCUUUUUGUUUGAUUUCAUAUACAAAUAUUACUCAACAAAGACACGACAGAACUUUGGGGUAUUUCUAUGAUGCGAUUGCAAUCACCAGAAUGAUGGUGCUGCUUUCUUCACGCAAGGUUCGAAUAGUGCCUCGCGUACUCCGUAGGCUGGGCUGGUACAGUACGUCACACCCAAUGAUUAUCGCGAGUGCCUGUACUUGAGCACAACGAUAACAGGUACGAGCGAGAGCUACCUUGGAACUCUGUGCUUCGUACAACAUUCAUAACUCAUAGCCCAUAGAGCUGUCUUGAUGUCUCGCUCUUUCCUUCUGCCUUGCCUCUUGCACAGAGGAAUAGUCUGAAGGCAUCUGCCCUUGCCUCCAAAUCAAACCUAGAUUUACGGUUACUGCCGACUCUCAAGAACUCCUCCCGUCCACGAGAUCCUUGAAGGGCCCUGCUGACGACCUCUGCGAAUCGUGUAUCGUGUUCAUCUCCCGCGUGAAUCCACCCCCGGAUUUCCACAGCCCCGUGAUGGAUUUCUUCUCGUGAAUCCGAAAGGAACUCCCAAGAGUUUUUGAAAACACUCAACACCGAUUGCUCGAGACGGCUUGAUACAUUAGAGUUGCGUUGUACUUCCGUUCGUGCCGAGUACUCCUCCCUCACUCACUACCCGAAAUCCAACCGACACACGACCUCGCUCACGGCUGUAGACGUAGGCAUUUGGGAAGGAAGAAACACCAGGGAUUUGAAGGUUGGCAGGCAGAAAUAGGUCGCUCAGCCGAAAAGGAAGAGUGCAAAACUCAGAAUGGGGGGAGAAGAAAGUUCCCCUUCCCGGGGCAGGGACCCUGAAGACGAACCACCUCCAAAUAUAGACACGGCGAGAAACCCUUCUGUAGAACGAGCCUCGAAACCACUGAACGAGGAGUCGCCCUUACUAUCGCCCGCCGGACCAGGAGGAGAAGAAGAAGAAGAAGAAGAAGAAGGACUGAUUGAAGGAAGAGAGCUUCUCUCCGAGGAUACCCACGAUGCAUACCACGAAACCAAAAACACAUGGUACAUGAUACUUUUGACGGUUAGUCUGGGAGGGCUACAACUGGCAUGGGCAGUAGAAUUGUCAAAUGGAACACCAUAUUUACUGGCUCUCGGAUUGAGUAAAUCCUUGAUGGCCUUGGUUUGGAUUGCUGGGCCGCUUUCUGGGACACUGGUUCAACCAUACGUGGGAAUGUUGAGUGACAACUGCCGGUCACGAUGGGGGAAACGAGUUCCUUUUAUGAUUUGGGGAACGGCUGCAACUAUCUUUUCGUUAUUGGCACUUGCUUGGGUGAGGGAGACUGUCGGCGGAUUUCUCAGUCUGUUUGGUGCGGAUCGUGAGUCCCAAGGUGUGAAAGUCACAAUAAUCGUGGUAGCUGUGUUAUGGAUUUACAUACUGGAUAUUGCCAUUAAUACGGUUCAAGCCGGAAUUCGAGCCUUCAUUUUAGACUGCGCACCAAGUCACCAACAAGGUAAGUAGUCUCAUCAUAUCUAUAAGUUUCCUUGCUAACGGGAUUUCAGAAACUGCCAACUCCAUGGCAAGUCGAGUUGUGGGAGUUGGAAAUAUCAUUGGUUAUGUUGCCGGAUACGUCGACUUACCAAAGUACAUGUGGCUCUUUGGAAAUACCCAAUUCAAGGUCCUCGCUGUCAUCGCAUGUAUCUCUCUCAGUACCACAGUCGCUCUCAGUGUGUCUACAAUCAAAGAGCGAGACCCAAGACUGGAAACAAAAGCUGCUAAAGGAAGCCCAAGUUUAUUACGCUUCUUUAAGACCGUUUUCAAAUCGAUUCGUCGCUUACCACCUCAAACCCGAAAGGUUUGUGAGGUCCAAUUCUUCGCCUGGAUUGGAUUCUUUCCCCAACUCUUCUACUCCAGCUCUUACAUUGGCGACAUUUAUGUCCAACCCGCACUAGAAGCCAAUCCACACAUGACCCCCAAAGAAAUUGAUGACCUCUACGAAAAGGCAACCCGAGUAGGCACAUUCGCCCUUUUAAUCUACGCCAUCACCUCUCUCACUACCAACGUUCUCCUCCCCUUUUUCAUCGCCAGGACCUACGACAACCCCUCCUCAACCCUCUCCCAACGCUCCCAAAAAUCCUACUCAACUCGUCUCGAUCGUCUUCUCGACAGACUUGUGAUCCCCUGGCUAACCCUUCGUCGCGCCUGGCUCAUCUCACACUGUAUCUUUGCAGCCUGCAUGUUCUCAACCCUCAUCGUGACAUCCAUCGGCGCAGCAACAACUCUCAUCGGCAUCGUCGGUAUCUCCUGGGCUCUCACCCUCUGGGCCCCAUUCGCCAUCAUCAGUGCGGAGGUCAGUAAACGCGAUGCCCUCCGUCGUUCACGACAACACCAACUCUCCUCCGCCACAGAUGAAGAAGACCAAGCAGGAGUCAUUCUUGGAAUCCACAACAUGAGUAUUGCCGCACCACAAAUCCUGGCUACGAUUGGGAGUAGUAUCAUUUUCAAAUUCCUGCAGAAACCCAGAGGCACGCCGGGCGACAGGAGUAUCUCUGUUGUCCUUGCUGCUGGGGGAAUCAGUACGUUGAUCGCGGCAUUCUUGACGAGUCGGAUUAAAGACGAGGUUGAGAUCCCGGCUGAGGGCGUGGUGGAAGAAGCGAGGGGUGAGGAGAGUGGGAGGAUGCUGGAGAGGAGGAGUGGGAGUAUUGGGGGUUUGGAAUAUUGAUUUCCCCCCCUUUUUUUGCCUUUAUGCUUUAUUUUUGAGGGAUUUUUGGGGGGGGGAAAGUAUUGUAUGGUAUGGUAGAGUGUUGUAUUCCUCUUUGGACCUUUCCUAUAUCAUGAAGAUUCUUGGAGUGUAUCCUUAGGUACCCACCCUUGGGAAUUCGAGGCCUGCCCUUUGUCGUAGAGAAGGUGGGGUCGGGACAAGAAGAAGAGAUGAAAUGGGAUGAUUUAGACAUUAUUAUGGUGUAUCCUACUUACACUUACACUUACCCACUAUGAAUCCUCGUGUCCUG